AAGAAAAGAAAGAGGGAGAAGGAAAGUUAGAAAAGAGAAGAAAGGAAGAAAGUAAAGAAAAGACAUAAAGAAGAAGCUGACAGGCUGAGCUGGGCAUCCAUCCAGUGGGACUGUAGAGACUAUAAGAUUUGGAUAAAACCAGUGUGACUGGAAGUGUACUGGGAGGACAGACUGGUUUCCACUCGCAGUGAGCAGACUGUCAAACACCAUGGCUGACAACGUGAACGAGGAGUCGAAUUAUAUCCCAGGGAAGGAUGAGCUGGACUGGGGCUAUGAGGAAGGUGUAGAGUGGGGACUCCAUUUCCCAGCAGCCAACGGCGAGUACCAGUCUCCCAUCAACUUGAACUCCAGGGAGGCCCAGUAUGACCCGUCCCUCCUGGAUGUUGGCCUAUCCCCAAACUACGUGGUGUGUCGAGACUGUGAGGUCAUCAAUGAUGGACACACUGUUCGCAUCAUUCUCAAGUCCAAAUCAGUGGUUACUGGUGGUCCGUUGCCUAGUGAUCAUGAGUAUGAGCUUCAUGAAGUUCGAUUCCACUGGGGCAAAGAGAACCAGAGAGGAUCAGAGCACACUGUCAACUUCAAGGCUUUCCCUAUGGAGCUCCAUCUGAUCCACUGGAACAGCACACUGUUUAACACUCUGGAGGAUGCUCUGGGGAAGAAGAAUGGAGUCCUCACCAUUGCUCUUUUUGUGCAGAUUGGUAAGGAGCACCUGGGUCUGAAGGCCAUCACUGAAGUUCUGCAGGACCUGCAGUACAAGGGGAAGAGCAAGAUAAUCCCCUGCUUCAACCCCAACACUCUGUUACCAGAUCCAUUGUUGAGAGACUACUGGGUGUAUGAAGGAUCCCUUACCACACCACCUUGCAGUGAGAACGUGACCUGGAUCCUCUACCGCUACCCUCUCACCAUCUCACAGCUACAGAUUGAGGAGUUUCGGAGGCUGCGGUCUCAUAUCAAAGGUGCAGAGCUGCUAGAAGGAAAUGAUGGGAUGUUGGGCGACAAUUUCCGUCCCACCCAGCCACUCAGUGACCGGACGGUCCGUGCCGCCUUCCAGUGACUCUCACUUUCCACUGCCAACUUGGAAAAACUAUGGACAUACAGAUACAAGUAUUGAAGGAGAGAAGAAAGUAGAGGUGAGAAGAAGAGGAAUGUUGGAAAGAGAAAGAGAGUUGAUGUGGUUAUAGAUCAGCUGCAGACUGAAGGUGGACAAAGAAACUAUUGAUUCAGUGUGUGUUUGAAUGUGUGAUUGGUGCAGGUGUGCUGUUCU